AUGAAUAUAUUUCUGACAAACUGCCAAGCAAAUAAUGAAAGAAUUGACAGGGCUGUGCACGUUAUCCCACCCAUCCACCAACUCAACACCCUUAAAUGGGAUGCAGUCAACCAUGAACUGAAAGAUAGAUGCCCAUUGUUUUACAAAUUCUUGACUGCGUCAGUAAGCAAUCCAUCUCAUGCACGAAACAUACACAAGAAGGGUGAAGCUAUCCUUCCUCAAAUGUUAGAUGCAGGAUGCCAACUAAUUUCAAUAUUCAAUUCUGACCUUGAUGCUAUUAAGCGUGUAAAGUCAGUUGUUCUGAAGAAAGGCAGUCUAAAGAAGGUUGGAUUUAAAAGAUUGUCAUCGCUCAACAUAUGCCUAAGCUAUAAUGCGACAGCUACCUUGAUGGAGAAACUUGUACAGGGCUUUGACAAAAGAUCUACUGCAGUGGAAAGAAGAGGUUGAAAGAGGGGUAAAGAUGGAGAAAGAUGUUUUGGAGUCUUUGCAACAGGCAGAAGCUGCAAAUAAUAAUGAUCUUAUUGAGGAAUGUAGAUCCACACUUGAUGCACAUCGGGAAAUCAUGCAUCCUGGAUACUCCUUCACUGGAGAUAACGUUGACAUUAACUGUUCUACACGGCAAAUGAUACUAACGAACAGAACAAGGACCAUCAUUUGUUUCAGUUGGUGGCCUUUAAGAACAGGAUUCCUUCCAAUCACCUUCCUACAAAUGUUGCCAAUGCAGACAUUAAGAAAAUACUGUUUUCUUCAUUUAUUCCCAGUCCUGAAGAACAAGCGACCUUAA